AUGUUGUAAGACUAAAGCAAACAGAAUGAAGGUAGUUAUUCAAUGAUUAGCGAUUAGGAUGAAAAGUCAAGUAGUCAUUCUGAAAAAGAUCUUGCGCCAUCUUAGUAGCUCAGGUUAUCAAUAAAAACAAUAGAGAAAAAAAAUGAUAGUAGAAGUAAUAUAAGCAAGGAGAGAAAAAAAGUAGAAUCAAUUUAAAAUAGCUGCUAAAAUAUUUUUGAUGAUCUUGAACAUUACUAAGGGGAACUUCUCAUUGAAGAAGUAAUCAAAUUACUAAAGAUAAAUAGCAAAUUUAGAACUUAUAAAGAUUCAAGGAUUAUUACGAAAUAUGUUUCCAAUUUGUCUUUUUUUAAAAAUCAUUUUGGAAAAAAUCAUGAAGCCAUGAUUUUGCAAUGUGCACAGUUUUUUAAAUACUAAUUCUGUAGUGCUGAAGAUAAAGUCUUUGAAUAAGGCGAAACUGGUGAUAAAUUCUAUGUUAUUUUGAGAGGAAAAGUGAGUAUUCAUGUUGAUUUUAAAAGAUAAGAUACAAAUAAUGAAUAACAAAAUUAGAGAGGAGGUGGAAAUGAUGAUGUUCUUAUUGAAAAAGUUCAUAUACGUGAUUUGAAUGAAGGAGAAUCCUUUGGUGAGCUUGCACUAAUUGAUAAAAAGCCAAGAAGUGCUACAGUAACAUGCAUUACUGAUUGCCACUUUAUAACUUUCGACAAGAUUUCUUUUGAUAAGAUUAUCAAAAAUUAAUAGAUAAAAUAAUUUAAAGAAGAGUUGCUUAGAUUAAAGAAAAAUUACUUAUUCUCAAGGUUUUCUGGGAAUUCUCUAAAAAAUCUGUAUUUACUGUUUUAAAUUAUUCCUUUUAAGAAAGGGGAUGUAAUUGUAAAAGAAGGUGAAAAAAGUGAUAAAAUUUAUGUUGUAAGAGAAGGAGAGUUUAAAGUAUCAAGGACAGCGUAUAUAAAAAUUGAGGCAGAUGCAACAAGCUAAUUGAAUGUAAAUCAAAAAAAAAAGGAAUCAAUAGUUGUUGAUCUAGGCAUUCUUGGACCUAACUAAUCUUUUGGUGAAGAAGAGUUUUUCACUUAAGAAAAAAGAAAAGUAAAUGUAGUUUGCUUAUCUAGAACGGGCGAACUGAUGAUUCUUAAUAGAAGAGAGUUCUUUAAGAAGAUGGGAUAUGAUGAGAAAUAAAUUAAAUUUAUGGAAUAGCUUGCAUAAUAAAAAAAUCUAUUUAGAGAAACUCAAUUUGAGAAAUUAAUAUCAACAUUCAGUUAAAUGAAGCAGCAAAUAUGUGAAAAUAAAUAAGGAUAAUAUUUAGACCAACAACUUUCAUCAAUUGAGCAAGAAUAGCUUCUCUAAAAAGAGUUGAUAGAUUCCAAAGCUUAAACUGAUGUUCCCAACGAAAACAUUUAGCCUCAACAGAAAUCCAAAAGAAAUCAAAUUUUUUUUAAGAAACCUCUUCUACCUUAGGAAGAUAAAAUCAAAGAAAAGCAAAAUAAUAUCGUCAAAUAUCAUUUUAUAAGAAAAAAAGUAAUUUCUACUCAAAAAAAUCCAAAUGAGCAAGAGGAUCUACAAAGUUUGCAUAAUUCUUUCUACCAGAAUUCAAGUUUAUUUUAAAGUUCUUAAAAUGAUAACAAAAGAUUUAAAUUAGAAACAAUUUCAUCAAAGCAAAAUUAAAAGGGAGAAGGAUAGAAUACAAAAUUUGAUGAAGCAUCUUCUAUUAGUUAAACAAGAUAAUAAAAAUUAUUUGGCCAAGAAAGCAGAGUAUCUACACCAGAUAAAUAAAUACAACAAUAUUUAAAGAAAAUGAGUGUUAUGUCUGUUUCAUUAGAUUUAGGAAGAAUAUCUAAACAACCGUUUUCAGAAUUAUAAUCUCCAAUCAUACUUGGUUCACCAAAAUAAGUUAAUUCAAGGAUAUCUUAGUUCAAUGAUUUAAAUUUAAGUUAAUGCUCACAAGACUCUUUGGUUUAUGAUAAAAAAAUAUAAUAGCAAGAGGAAACGAAAAUAAAUUUAAAUUCUAAUAUUCACUCUUUAAAUGAUAGUGCCAUGAUAAAUAAAGCCUAAGAAUAUAAAAUUAGUAAAAAGUAGAAUUAUGAAAAAAUGAAAAUGCUGAUUGAUUAAGAAAUAUUACAUCAUUCUUUUUUUUUGAAUAAAAAAAAGUAUAAAACAGCAGAAAACUAAUUUUUUAAAAAUCUUGACGAAAAGCUUCAAUCUUCAAACAAAAAUAUGCAAAGAUACUUCAAUACAAGAUAAAAACCUUCAGUAUAAAUUAAAGAAAUAUUUACUUAGAAAGAAAGCCGAUCUCCAGAACGUAAAAAAAUUGAAUUAAACUUAGAUUCUUCACCAAAACAAAAUAUAUCAUCAAAUUAUGAAUAGAAUUCUCCAAUUAAAAACUAAUAAUAUGUGCAUUACUCUUUGUUGAAUUAUUCUGCAGCAUAAGAUUCUGAUAGUGUUUUAGAUAUUAGCAAAAAUACAAAUAUCAACAAUUAAUAUUUUAAUAAAAAAACAUAAAAUUCAUUGCUCCUUUCGCAAAUAGUUACACCAUUUAUUGAUAAAAAAAAGUGUUCCCAAUAUUAUGAAUCUGAAUAUGGAAAUUACUAAAAUAAUGUUUAAUAAAAAAAGAGAGUUAAUUCUAUGCAACUAAAAAAAUUAAAUUCAUUUGAAAAUAAUACAAACACAUUAGAUAAAAGCAAUAUUAAAUUUGAAUAAAGCAUUUACUACUAAACAGAUACAUUUACUAAGAAAAAAAACAAAAGUUCUUUCCUAAUUAAGACAGAUGCAAAUUAAAAUAUCUAAAAAACUGAAUAAUCUACUUAAAAAACAAAUUAAUUAAGCUCAACCUAGUAUAAUAAGUUUUUAGAAAAUAAACUGAAAUAAUUAUAAACUCCUUCGCCUAAAUUAAAUAAGAAUUUUUUAAGCUAAAUCUAAAGCCCAAAUUUAAUUACAAAAAAAGAAUAAAUUCUUAAUAAUAACUCUGAAAAAUUACCUUUGAAAUAUUUCUCUUCUAAACUAAAAGAUAUUAACGAGGCAAUUUAAUAGAAAGGAAGAUUUUUUAGCAGCAGCAUAUCUCAAAAUAAAUUAACUCCUUAGAUCCAUUUUAAAUCUAAAAAAGUAUUAAAUUUAAGUGUUUAAGGACUGUAACAAAUUAAAAUGAAUUGA